AUGUUUCAAAUUCCCAGCAGACGACUAUUCCACACUUCAAUUACCCAAUUAUCGGAAUUUUCACACAUUGUCAUUGGUGGAGGUAUAGUUGGUGUAGCAACUGCGUCUGAACUACAACAACAAUCAGGAAAUAAUGUUCUUCUUGUUGAACAACAUGAUAAUUUGGGUCAAGAAACUACAUCACGUAAUAGUGAAGUAAUACAUGCUGGUUUAUACUACCCUAAAUCAAGUUUAAAAGCACAAUUAUGCAUUGCUGGUAAGAACAAGAUUUACCAAGCUUGGAAACUGGGGAAUUUACCUGUUGAUUUACAACAAUGUGGUAAAUGGGUUGUGGCUCAAGAUGAGGCCGAAGAGGAGUAUUUGCAUAAAUUGGAGUUAAAUGCUAAGGAGUUGGAUGUUCCGGCGCAUUUUGUACCUAUAGAUAAAGCCAAGCAGGAGUAUCCACUUAUAUGUGCCGACAAAGCCAUACUUGAAAGUCCCACCUCGGGAAUCAUAUCUGCACACGAAUUUGUCUCAUUUCAUGAAGCCAAUUUUGAAAACAGUGACGGAACAGUCGGAUUGAAUAGUAAAGUGGUUGGUGUAUCAUAUAAUCCAGGAACUUCCAACUAUACGGUUACGCUUGACAUUGAUGGAGAAGUGAUGGAAAUCACUAGUGAUAAUAUAGUCAACUCAGCUGGAUUAUUUGCUGCUGAUAUAGCCAACAUGAUCCUACAUCAGGAAAAACACUAUAGCUACUACUACGCCAAGGGGAAUUAUUUCAGUUACACUCCAGAAGUACCCGUUGGACAACGAAUCACAGAUAAAUUAAUCUACCCAUGUCCUAAUCCUAAUGCAUCUUCACUAGGCACUCAUUUAACAUUAGAUUUGGGCGGUCAAUUGAGAUUUGGACCUGAUUUGGAAUGGUUGGAUGUUGCCAACGCUAACGAAAUCGAUUAUACACCAAACCCACGCAAUUUACAACCAGCUUAUGAAGCAGUCAAACAAUAUUUCCCAGCAAUUACGCCUGAUUCAUUAUCCCCUUCGUAUUCGGGAGUACGACCAAAGUUACUCUCAGCGGCGGAAAAUAAACAAAAAUUCGCGGACUUUGUAAUUAGAGAAGAAGAAGGAUUUCCCGGGUUUGUUAACCUCUUGGGGAUUGAAAGUCCUGGAUUGACUGCAGCUUGGGCAAUAGCAGAUUACGUAAAGAGCAUAUAUCAUAGAUAG